CCCGAGAACGAAAACCAAGAAAUUAUGUUCAAGUGUAGAAAGUGUGGAGAAAUCAAAGCGAACGAACAAGGGGGAUUUUGUCGUGAUUGUGAACAGGAAACCAUGUUAGAGGCAAUUGAUUUUACCAUUUGCGAUUUAGUCCUUGAAAAUUGUCCUUUAGUUACUAGAUUAGAAGCAAAUAAUAAUGAGCUGACUAAUAUUGACUUUGUACUCCACCAAUUACCAAGGCUAACAAAGUUAGAAGUUAGACACAAUAAUUUAACCUCCUUAGAUAUUAGUAAUAAUUUAGAAUUAUCUGAUUUAGAUUGUGGUGAGGCAAUCAAUAAAAAAAGAGAAGAAUUAGAAAAUGAAGUUAGAGAAAGGCCGAUUAGAGACUUAAAAAAAGCUCGGGAAGAAACAAUUGAGGAUAUAAAGAAUGCUUGUGAGGAAGAAGAAAAAGAACUACCAAAAAUUAAAAAGAUUAUCGAAAAAUAUUCUAAAAAAAUUAACAAAGCAACAAUAAAUGAAAUUUCUUCUUUACAAAAAGAGGCUAAUGAACUAAUCCUUGAAGCAAGACUCAAACGGCAAAGGCUACAUUGA